ACAAAAAUGUCGGAAGAAUCUCAAGUGCGUGCAUUUUACUCUGGUAAAAAUUUCUUCAUAACGGGCGGUACCGGCUUCGUGGGGUUGUGUCUUAUUGAGAAAAUACUACGUAGUAUACCUGAUGUUGGGAAGUUAUACUUGCUGAUGAGGCCGAAGAAGGGAAAGGAGGUAUCAGAGAGGCUACAAGAAUUCCCCGACAAUCCUGUAUUCGAGAAGCUAUUAGAAACUGAAUCAAAAGACAUUUUCAAAAAACUAGUACCCGUCGCAGGAGAUGUAGGAUCUGAAAAUCUAGGUCUCAAUACAGAAGACAGGCAAAUGCUAAUAGAUAAUGUGAAUGUGGUCAUCCACUCUGCUGCGACACUGGACUUUGAAGAGAGUUUAAAACCUACGGUCAAUAUUAAUGUUUUGGGUACACGGAGAGUUAUGAGUUUGUGUCAAGAAUUGAAAAAUUUAACGGUAAUGGUUCACGUAUCAUCGGCUUAUGUAAAUUCAUAUUUGACAGAAGUACACGAAAAGGUGUACGAUUCCCCGGCCGAUGUAGAAUCGAUCAUAAGUAUGAGUGAAAAGUUGACAGAAGAGGCUUUAAUCGGUAUGGAGAGAACACUGAUCAAAGAUCAUCCUAACACAUACACGUUUACAAAACAUCUCGCGGAGCACGAAGUAAUGAAGCAUUCUGACAAAUUCCCUUGUACUAUCGUCAGACCUACUAUGAUUGUAGCGUCAUGGAAGGAACCGGUCAUAGGCUGGACUUGUUCCAAAGUCGGACCGCAAGGGUUCCUUAUGGGAGCUUCUAAAGGUGUUGUUCGACGAUUACCGCUCUCAAAGGAUACAAUAGCAGAUUACAUUCCCGUCGAUGUGGUUGUUAAUGAGCUACUUGUAGCUGGCUGGGACGCUGGACAGUCUAAAUCUGGUCUCACGGUGUACCACUGUUCGUCUUCAACUCAAAGACCUUUCAAAUGGUUAAUGUUGGAAUCGGUUAUUAAUAAUAUGUUACAUAACUAUCCGUUAAAAAGUGCUGUGUGGUAUCCGUAUUUAGAUUUCGUCUCGUCUCUCUGGCUGUUCCGUUUGUCAGCGAUAUUCGUACAUUUCAUACCGGCGAUUCUUUUGGAUAUGUUGUUGAGGAUAACUGGGGGAAGGCCUAUACUAUUUCGUCUACACAAAAACGUAUGGAACUCCCUCAACCGAUUGGAGAAAUUCAUAUUUACCGAAUGGAAAUUCUAUAAUAAAAAAACUAUUGAACUGAACGAGAAACUGAACAAAACGGACAAGGAAAUGUUUUACAUCAACAUUGAUACUAUUUGUUGGGAAGAAUACUUUGUGAAUCUACAUUUAGGCGUAAGGAAAUACUUGAACAAAGAAAGCGAGAAAACACUACCAGCGGCGAGAAGCAAGCAAACAAUUUUGAAGAUAGCGCAUAUCGUAUGGCAAGUUUUGAUGAUCGUUCUAGCGUGGUACUUUGUGUCAUGUUUAUCCGGGCUCACAAUGAUGCAGUUGGCUUGGUGUCCGCCAGUCAUCUACUUCCUGUACAGCUUUUUGUAAAUUAAACAAUUAAUGUAUGUGUAAGGAAAAUACAUAAAAUAAAUACGUUAAUUAUAAGAAAAUAAAC